AACUUUUGCGGCUUAAAAGCACAGCCCUAAAACGCAUAACAAACGCGUGGCUACGGCCAGGCUCGCAGCUUCAAGUGUGAAACGCGUACGCACCAAGCAACGUCAGAAAGCGCGACCCUCAGGUCGCGCGAAACGAGCGCAAGCAUGCCCUGCGACGACGCUUGGCAGGCGCACCUCGCGCUCCCGAACGUCGUCCUCAUCGACUGCCGCAACCUCGACGAGCUCGAGAGCCACGGGCGCAUCGAGGACGCGCUCCACGUGCCCUGCCGCCUGGCCGACGACGCGACGGCGGCCGUCGCGGCGGCGAAGUCGCGGCUGCCCGCGGACCCGUCGACGCCGCUCCUCUGCUUCUGCGCCGUCGGCGGCCGGAGCCGCCGCGUCGCCGCCGCGCUGCGCGCCGCGGGCUACGCGCGCGUCGCCAACGGCGGCGGCCACGCCGACGUCGCCGCCGCGCUCGCGGCGACGAAGCUCGAGGAAAUAACGCUCGCGGACGUCGUCGAGGUCGCGUCGAGCGCCGCGGCGAAACGCUACGAAGCGGCGAUCCGCGCGCUCGUCGUCGCCUGCUUCCCGGCCCAGUUCCCGACGGACGACGGCGCCCCGAUCCUCGACGUCCUCGCGGGCUUCCACGACCUCGGCGACUGCGAGUGGCUGCUCGUCGGGACCGUCGAGGCCCUCGACGCGAUGGCCAUGACCGUGCGCUACCACGACAGCCUCUACGUGGCGACGCUCUGCGUUGCGCCGCGGCUCCGGCGCCGGGGCCUCGGGAGCCUCGUCAUGAAGGCCGCGUCGGCCUUCGCCGCGGAGCUCGGGUUCCGGAAGGUGACGGGCGCCGUCGACGCCGACGAGCGGCACCUCCUGACGAUGUACGCCGCCCUCGGCGCGACGGAGGAGGACGCGGCCUUCGCGUCGCCGAACGCGACGACCCAGCCCAAGAAGCGCCUCGCGGCGCCGUCCGGCGUCGUCGGCGGCGUACCGGCGCCCGCGCGCGUCGCGGAGCCGCGGAGCCUCGACGACAUGCUCGCGGACGUCGAACACGUCGAUAGGCACCACAAGGGCUUCGAGUGGCUCCUGGAGUGGGACGCGCUGCGGCCGCUGCUCGCGCCGAUGACGGGCCUGCUCGGCGACUACGACCGCCUCGCCGUCGUCGACCUCGGCUGCGGCAGCUCGGACCUCGCGGGCCGCUUCGCGGACGCGUUCGGCGGCGCCGCGGCGGGCGUCGACCGCGACGGGGCGAUCAUCGACGGCAUGCGCGCGCGGCGGCCCGACGUCGCCUGGGCGACGCACGACUGGGCCGACGGCGCGGCGGCGCCCGGCGCGCCCUUCGACCUCUGCCUCGACAAGUCGUCCUUCGACGCGACGCUCGCGGAGAACGACCAGUGCGGUUUGUUGCUGUGCGCGUUCCGGAGCCUGAGGCCCGGCGGCCGCUACGUCGUCGUCUCCCUGUACCCCCGGGACCUGCUGGCGCCCCUCUUCGCGCCGCUCUUCGCCCUGGACAACUUCGCGAGCGUGCCGCGGCCGGCCCUCGCGACGGCGCCCGCCGCGGAGGCCGUCUCCGUCGCCGCGUUCCGGCGGCGGGACCUCGCGGAGCCGCCGUCGCUCGGCGCGCUCCGGGACGCGGCGGACGCGACGAUGGACGACUACUUCAAGCGCGCGGAGACCAUGCUCACGCCCGCGCGCGUCGCGGAGAUCCGGAGAAACUUCGCGGCGCCGCUCCCGCUCGACGCGGCGUUCGCCGCGCUCUUCACGGCCGACGAGCGCGUCGACUACGCCCGGGACGACUUCCGCGGCGACGUCGCCGCCUUCCGCGGCGACGGCGGCGGCGCGCCCCUCGGCGCGGACGAGGCCCUCGCCUUCCUCGAGUACGCGAUGUGAAUUUU